CUAAAGCAAACACACCAAACAAAGAAACACAAACUUAUAUCACUAUAUUCAACAUGGGAGCCGUUUAUCAACCCCCUGAAUCAACUAUAGAAGACCUACAAGUCACAAUCCAUGACACUAGCUUAGUCUUUCCUUUAGAAGAAACUCAGAAAAAACCUAUGUUCUUGUCAAAUAUUGACCAAGUCCUCAAUUUUGAUGUCCAAACACUACAUUUUUUUACUGCUAAUCCUGAAUUUCCACCAGAAAUUGUGACGGAAAGGUUGCGAAACGCGUUAUCGAAAGUUCUAGUCCCUUAUGAUUUUUUGGCUGGGAGACUAAAGAUGAAUCAAGAAUCAAAAAGACUGGAGUUUGAUUGUAAUGGUGUUGCAGGGGCUGUAUUUUUGGUAGCUUCAAGUGAGUUAACAUUAAAGGAGAUUGGUGAUUUAGUUUACCCUAAUCCUGGUUUUAGACAACUUAUUGCUCACGACAGCAUUGAUCACUUGGAAAAAGAUGAUAAACCACUUUGCAUUAUCCAGGUGACAUCAUUUAAGUGUGGUGGUUUUGCAAUUGGCACAUCAACAAAUCACAUAACCUUUGAUGGUAUAAGCUUCAAGAUUUUCUUACAAAACUUAGCUUCUCAAGCAUUUGAUGAUGACAACAAUAAUAGUAAGCCCUUAGCCAUUGUCCCAUGCAAUGACCGUACUCUCCUAGCCGCUCGUACUCCGCCACGUGUUACGUUCCCGCACCACGAAUUACUCAAAUUGGAAGUGCCCAUUGGUGAAGAACUGAACCCUAAAGUAUUUGAAACUCUGCAAGAAGAACUUGACUUCAAAAUCUUUAAACUUAAUUCAAGUGACAUUAGUUCCUUGAAGGAAAAGGCAAAAGACGAAAAUGCCCCCCAUGCAAAAAUUACGAGUUUUAAUGUGGUGACUUCUCAUGUAUGGAGAUGCAAGGCAUUAUCUUUUGAUGUUGAGAACAACUCGGAGAGGAUUUCCACUGUUUUAUUUGCAGUUGACAUUAGGUCAAGGCUAAAUCCGCCAUUGCCAAAAUCUUACACUGGCAACGCUGUGCUGACAUCCUAUGCGUCCGCCAAGUGUCACGAGCUAGAAGAAGGGCCUUUUAGUAAAAUUGUGGAAUUGGUGUCACAAGGAAGUAUGAGAAUGACUGAUGAAUAUGCAAGAAGUGCAAUUGAUUGGGGGGAAAUUUAUAAGGGAUUUCCAAAUGGGGAAUUCUUGAUUUCUUCAUGGUGGAAAUUAGGGUUUUCUCAAGUUGAAUACCCUUGGGGAAAACCUAAGUAUAGUUGUCCAGUGGUUUGUCAUAGAAAAGAUAUUAUUUUGUUGUUCCCUAAUAUUGAUGAUGGUAUAAGCAGCAACAAUGAUGGGGUUAAUAUUUUCGUUGCUCUUCCUCCCAAACAGAUGGAGAAAUUUGAGUCUUAUUUUCAUAAGUUCUUGUUGGCUUGAGGUAUAUACGUUAUUUUAUUUGAACAAGUCUUAUAUAUAUAUAUGUUAUAUGUAAAAUGUGAGUGUUGAAUUUUGUCUUGUAUGAUGAUACUAAAAUAAUAAAGGUUGAUUUGUACA